AAGAUCCCAGGCUCUGUUUGGUUGCCGGGAAAAUCAUGUCAUUGUUUUCCCGCAACCACACAUUCUGGAAUCUCGCUUUAUUUCCAUUUUUUCUCUCUCUCACUAUGAUUUGAUUGUUCUCUUUUCUGUUUUUUCGCGUUUCCAAUUGAAGGCUUCAUGGGGAAGGAUAAUGAAGUUUCGGCUAGGGAGGUUGAAGAUUCAAAUUCGGAACAGAUCACUACCAAAUUCUCGAUCAACGUAUUGCAGCUUCUGAAGUCAGCUCAGAUGCAGCAUGGAGAUUACACUCGCUAUCGGAGAUACUGCACGGCUCGAUUGGGGAGGUUGUAUAAAUCAUUGAAGUUCAAACAUGGACGUGGUAAAUACACUCGAAGAGCAAUAACUGAAUCCACUGUCACUGAAGUGAGAUUUCUUCAUGUGGUUCUUUAUAUGGCUGAGAGAGCCUGGAGCCAUGCCAUGGAGAAAAGACAGCUUCCAGAUGGCCCAAACGCACACCAGCACAUCUAUUUAAUUGGCAGACUGAGGAAGGCUCUAAAAUGGGCGAAUCUUUUUUCACAUUUGUGUGCUAUUAAAGGAGAUUCCAGAACAUCCUUAGAAGCUGAGGUGUGUCUACAAUUUGAUGAUUUCUGUUACUUACUUUACACCUUUCAUUUGUAAUGGUUGGAGUUUGGAAAAUAUAUAGCUUAUGCUUGCAGCAUUUUCUAUUUUCUUUCUUGCAUUGGUUGUUCCUUCCCCUGUCUCGGUCCUAAUGGUGUGUGUUUGAGGUUUGGUUUAGAGAUGUAAUUUGAUUGCAUGAGUUUUAUUCGACUUUAGUUUAGUAUUAUUUCUUCUUCCAUCUCAGUGAUCGAGUUUUAUAAAAGUUUAAGAUAGUG